AUGAGUAACAUGAGCGCGCGUGUUUACGUGGGACGUCUGUCUUACAGAGCCUCCGAGCGUGACAUUGAGCAUUUCUUCCGUGGUUACGGACGCAUACGUGAUAUUGUUCUGAAGAAUGGUUUCGGUUUUGUGGAAUUUGAUGAUCCGCGCGAUGCAGACGAUGCAGUAUAUGAGUUAAAUGGGAAAGAAUUAUGUGGUGAACGUGUGAUUUUGGAGUUUUCACGUCGUGGACCUCGAAGUCGUAUGGGAUUUGGCGGUUUUGAUCGAUUUCCUCCGCCGAGACGUGAAUCAAGAUAUGGUCCACCACAACAAACACGCUAUCGACUAAUUGUUGAAAACCUUUCGUCUCGUUGUUCGUGGCAGGAUCUCAAAGAUAUUAUGCGAACCGCUGGUGAAGUAACAUUCGCAGAUGCGCACAAGCAACACCCAAAUGAAGGGAUUGUAUGCUUUUUAACCCGAGAUGAUCUUGAAAGAGCGCUUGACAAACUGCAGGGAAAGGAAGUGAAUGGACGCAAACUGAAAUUGAUUGACGAUUCAGAAAGACGAGAUAGUCGAAGUCGUUCCCGUUCUCAUCAUCGUUCUCAUUCUCGCUCACGCAGUUCGCGCAGUCGAUCAUCACGUUCACGCACUGGUUCGAAAUCGCGCUCGCCUACACCAAAGAAGGAAGGUGAGGGUUCCAAAUCACGUAGCCGCUCUGGAAGUGCAUGUUCUCGUUCUCAUUCGCCGGAGAGAAAUGAAUCCCAGACUGGUGCGACAGUUACCGAGAAUGGUGGUGGUGCUGAGAAUAGUUCUAUGGCUCCUGAGGCCAAUGAGGAGCCUAUGAAAGAUGAAAGUCCAGCUCCCAGUAAUAACGAUUACAACUGA